AUGCCAGCUAAGAGAAAGAAGUACAAUUAUGAAUCCUCCGACUAUGGAGAUGAAGGCUAUGAUCAAGACGAUUUUGACGGAGAAGAAGAUGAUUUUGACGAUGAAGAUCAAAACGAAGAAAGUGACAAUGAUAGUGACUAUGACAACUCUAACAAUUAGAAUGAUGCCGGAAAGAAAAACUUACAAUCGAAGCCAAAGCCACAUAAAACCAAAAACGAAAGAGAACCUGAAGAGGAUAUGGAAGAUACAUACGAAGAUGAAGAUCCCUUCUCACCUGAAAUCGACCAGAUUUUAGCGGACAAGCAAGUAGAAAUGGCUUAGGUAUAAGUUUCUUAACAAUAAAACUCUAACAACUAAAAAAUUGCCCGAUCGUUGAUAGUCCAAGGCAAUCAGAAGACAUAAAACUGGUUUUUAGUUAAAUUUGCAGACCAGUCUUACCUUCAUGUAAGGUGGAUCGAAGAAUCUAAGCUAGAAGAGUAUAGUUACCGCGCUAAGUAGAAAAUAAGAAGAUACUACAAUGCCAAGGACAAGAAAAGAUUCAUUAGGCAAGUGAUUGUCUUUAAACCAAAGGAGAAUCAUCAUUUCUCAGAUGAUGAAGAAGAUGAGGAAGAAGAUGAAGAUGCCGCCAUUAAAGGUAUAUAGUUGCCCUCUCUCCCUAUCAUCACCGAGGAAGUUGUUGACCCCUAAUCCAAUAAACCAACCUACAUUCCAGUACUAGGUCCUGAUGGUGAGGAUCUGUGCCAGUUCUUUGAUAAAAAUUUCGUAGCAGUUGAAAGGAUUCUGUCUACUACCCAGCUUUUCCCUGUGAUUCACCCAAAUAAAGCUAAGUAAAUUAGAGGGAAAUGGCAGGAAGAUUGUCUGAAGGUAGUAAAUGUGUUGGCUAAUUUCAGAAAAAAUAAUGUGCCCAUCGGCUUAGCAUUCUGUGAGCAGCUAGAUGCGGAGAACGAGGAUUUAGCAGCUUACUUCAAGGUGAUUAAAUAACCUAUUGACUUGGUUAUGAUAAUGAAUAGGCUCUAUAAUAAGACCUACUAGUAACCUAUCGAUUUCUGGAUUGAUCUUGGACUUCUUUUCAAAAAUUGCCGAACUUAUUAUAAAAGUCAGAAAAGAAGCUUGAGAAAAUAAUGUGACGCACUCAGAUGCCUUGCCUAUCAUUUAUAUAAUGACUGGUAUCAAGAAUAAAAAACAAGAUUUAACACAGGUAUCGCACUCCCCCCAGCACCACCUGAAAAUCUAAAUAAAUCUAUUGAUUCCAAUAUCAAGUAGACUCCCAUUCCCUCGGCUGAGAAGAAAGAAACUCAGCUUAUUGUUAACCUACAAAGUUUACUGAAGACAUAGAGAAGCUCAACAGUAACAUAAAAUUAGAUUCCAACGGACUAAUAAAAGCCAUAGAUUCUGAAUGCACCUCAAAUUGAAUAACCUACUCCAUAAGUCUCAGGUCAGAAUUUUAUGAUACCUAACCAAGUGCCAAAUCUUUAAAUUCAAAAUAUGCCUCCUCCUCAAUCACUCACUCCUUAGAUGAUGCAACACUAGUAAAUGGGAGGGGAUAUGGGAAUUAACAGAACUGGGACUCCUCUUUCUUAACACUUAAAUCAACAAAUUUAAAACUUUGGAUUUCAACAAAUUUAAAAUCAAUAAUAACAGUAAUAGCAGCCUCAAUAAUAAUUAUAGGGGAUGCAGUAGACACCUAAUCUACCCUCCCUAAAUCAAAUUAUGAAUCCACUCGGACAGAUGAAUCCUAUGAUGAUGCAGACCAAUUAAUUCUAAGAUCCAAAUCAGAUCCAUUAACAAAUGCAAAAUUAGUUGGGACAAGGAAUGAACCACGGAUUUAUGGGUUAGAUGCCUCAGCAGUAAUUAAAAACUCCAAACAUGAAUCAACUAUAGCCCGAAUUCCUAUAAAAUUAGCAGUCUCUAGAUUGGAUGCAAUAAAGGUAACUUCAAAAUUAAAUGGAGCAACAACAGCACUAAUUAGGCUUGCCAAUGUUGAACUAGAUGCAGUAAAACAUGAUGCUGAAUCCAUUUUUAAACCAACUAAAUAAAUGUAAAUUUAUUUUAAUUUCAAUAUAUUUUUCAGAAAAUCCACCAAUGAUCAAUGAAUAGCAUUAAAUCAUGGAAAUGCAGGCUCUUUAAAGUUAGCAAGAUAAGAACUUGAACUACUUCAAUCAGAUGAUGGGAAUUCAACAGCAAAAUAAUUUGAGCUAAGAUAUGAUGCAACUAUUAGCCCAAUAAAAUCAACAAGAGUAACUAGCACUCGCUCUAAGGCAAGGAUUCAAUACUCCUGGCUAAUUACCAUCAAUAAACUCCCUUUAAGGUUUUAACUAACCUCAAAAUCAACCUUAAGGAGGCUUCCAACUGCCAUCCUUGAGUCAAUUAAGUUAGCUUAAUCCUUAAAUGGCUGGAUUUGAUCCAUUUUCGAAUAACUUUAUGGGUCUGAUCUAAAACCCUAAUCCAGGAAUGAUGAAUCCAAUGAUGAAUUAGCAGCCUAACAACAUGAAUAUGAUGAAACUACCACAGUUUUAGAGCACUCUAAACUCUAGCAAUGCCUACGACGAGAUGUCCAUGAUGCUAGGAAACUUCUCAAAUUAACUGCCAAGUCUUUAACCAGGGUUUAACCCAUUUGGAUCUAAUGAUAUGCCUCAAGGCAAUCAGCAAAUGUUUGGAGGAGGAUACGGAAACUAAAUGCAAUAGCCACCAGCUUAGCAAAAUACAAACAUCAUGGGAAGCAACAAAUUUGCAAUCAACAACAAUUUCAACCAAAACAUCCAUUAACUUCCCAGCAUAUCAAGCAACUCAGCUUAAGGCUUAGCAGCAAGAACCAUUGAUCCUAAUCUUGUUCAACCAGAUAACCUUGAGUAGUACAAUGAAAAGCAACAAGAUGCCCCUGUGGCUCCAUGCAUUAUGGAUCCAGGUCAUUACGAUCUAUCCUGGCUUUUAGAACCUGGUGAAUCUCCUUAGAAUCUCCAGAGUUGCCAGUACCUAAACCAACAGGAGAUCGAUUAAGCAAUAAAGGUAAAGAGCUUUGUAGAUUAACUAUACUGUGUCAAAUGGAAGAGUUUAUCUUAUAGUCAAUCAACUUGGGAACCUGAAUCUGUUCUGAAACAGAUCUACGAGGAAAAACUUCAAGACUAUUUUAAGUUCAACAGAGCUUUAGACCAGAACUAGAGAGAUAAACUAGACUCUUUGAUUAAAAAUCACAAAAAGAUGCUGAGAAUUACUGAAAAGAAAUAUCAGAACAAAAGAUUAGACCCUAAUGUCGAAGCAUAGAUGGCUCUAUAGGAGUCUAAGUUGAAUAGGCAGAUGUUGAACCAGAAGAUUCAAGAUAUCAUGGGAAACUCUUUCUAUUAAGUUGUUUAGUACAAUCAGCAAAAUGGAAUUGUACCCCAGUUCAAAAAACCUCAAUUUUAAUUAAAGGAUUAUCAGAUAAAAGGUCUAAACUGGCUGAUAAGAGCCUGGCAUUAGCACAGGAAUGUUGUACUUGCCGAUGAAAUGGGGCUUGGAAAAACAAUCAUGACACUAUCUCUUUUUGAACACUUCAAUAGAAUUUACAGACUAAAAGGACCCUACCUAAUCCUAGCUCCUUUGACGACUCUAGAGCAUUGGAAGCGAAUCGCAGAUGAAUGGACUACUCUGAACUCUGUGCUUUACUAUGACCAAGGCAGUUCAGAAGGAAGAAGCGAAAUUAGAUUCUGGGAGUGGUUUUACACAGACGUCACCUACAAAGGCCAAAUCACUCAGAAAUCAGAGCUUUACAAGUUCAACAUCAUCAUAACCUCUUUCGAAGUGUUUAUGCAAGACCUCAAUCCAAUCAUUCAAGAGAUCCCAUUCAUGUAUAUUGUGGUGGACGAGGCUCACAGACUCAAGAAUAAGCAAGCGAAGACUCUUAAACUUCUAAAAGACCACCCUUGCAAGAGGAUUCUGCUGCUUACAGGAACUCCUGUGCAGAACAACACCAAAGAGUUGUGGACUUUAUUGAACUAUAUCGAACCUGAGAAAUUCAACUCUCUUGAAGACUUCCUAGAGCAGUAUGGAAAUUUAGAGAGCUUUGAGUAAAUUCAAAAACUGCACGAUAUGUUAAAGCCUCAUUUCCUCAGAAGACUAAAAGAAGAAGUUGACAACAGCAUCCCUCCACUUCAAGAAACUGUAAUUGAGGUCGGACUCACCACAGUUUAAAAGACUUACUACUAGGGUAUUUACGGUGAAAACAGAAUGAUAUUGGCUAAGUUCGGAACUAACUCUAUAAAGACAUCUCAACUCAACAAUAUUGACGUCUAACUUAGAAAGUGCUGCAACCACUUGUACUUGCUCAAAGGUGUCGAAGAAGAACUCACUAAAGAUUGCAAAACUGAGGAAGACCUCUACAAGAAAUUGCUUGAGUCUAGCGGUAAACUGAUGCUUUUAGACAAGUUCAUUGAGAAGUUCAAGAAGGAGAAUCAUAAAAUGCUGAUAUUCUCUCAGUUCAAAAGAAUGCUUGACAUUAUCGAACUAUAUCUGAAGAUGAAAGCAGUGCCUUAUGAAAAACUGACAGGUAGUGUUAAGACUCAAGAUAGAAUUAGCGCAAUCCAAAGAUUCAAUGACGAUAAGACAUUCGGAGUUUUCUUGCUAACAACCAGAGCUGGUGGACUGGGUAUCAAUUUGACAUCAGCGAGAGUGGUUAUUAUCUUUGACUCAGACUGGAAUCCUUAGAAUGACUUGCAGGCUAUCGCUAGAGCCCACAGAAUCGGCCAGAAAUUCGAAGUUCAGGUGUUUAGACUAAUCACUUCGAAGACCUAUGAAGAGCAAAUGUUCGAGAGAGCCUCGAAGAAACUUGGAAUGGAGCAAGCCCUGUUUAGCAAAGGUGCUUUCCAUUAGAAUGACGAUAUGGAACUGUCGAGCUUGCAUCUGAGAGGUUUAACUGAGUUCAAACAGGAUUCAAAGGAAAUUGAAAAUCUUCUUAAGUAUGGAGCCUAUGCGUUCAUCGAUGAUGACGACAAUGACCAGGUCAACUUCAACAAGGACAUUGAUGAAAUCCUAGCUACAGGCAAGAAGAAGGAGUUCAUGUACAGCAAGGGCAUUUAUACAUUACAGAAGAGCACGUUCAAUGCUGCUAAAUAUGAAAAUCUCAUUGAUGUCAAUGAUCCUAAUUACUGGAACAUUAUUUUCCAAAAUUCUUCAAAUAUCUCAAUAAGUGAAUUGGAGAAGAGGUUUAAAAAGGAGAAGAAAGAGAUAACGAAGAGUGAGAAGAUGCAGAUUGAGUUCUUUAAGGAUCUCGAGAUAGUCUUUAACGACUUCAUGAACACUAAAUUCGAUGCCAAGACCUCAGUAGCAAGCAAGAAGUAACUAGAGUCUGAAGAAGAGAAACUAAGGCAGAUUCUGUAGAAAAUGAUUAAACUCAACGGUAUGAAGUUGAUCUAUGUGCAGAAAUGCAAAGAGUGGCUAAGGGAAAUGCUCAGGCCAAAUAAGAGAAAGAAGCCUCUGCAGAAUAUGUUCUAGGAUGGCGAGGACUAAAUCAUAGGAGAAGAGGACGAAGAAGAAGUCAAAAUGGAAGAUGACGACAUUAUUAUUGAUGAUAGUGACGAUCAAGCCAAGAACAGAACACUCAGGAAAAGAGUUCCUCAAGUGCAGAAUUAAAAGGCAGAUUUCGAUGGAGAGGUUCAGCUGAAAAAGAGGGGCAGGAAACCAAAGAAUCCGAAUAAUGCCAAUGGAGUAAGGCAAGGAGCUUCGAAGAGCUUUGAUGAAAGCGAAGGAUCUGGUAUUGAAGAAGAUGAUGACAUCUAUGGCGAUGAAGAGGAUAAAGAGUACCAAGGCAAAGGAGGUAGAAAAUAAUAAAUAGAUGAAGACUACGGCGAUAGUGAUGAAUUUGGCUACGGGCUCAGGCAUUAAAGAAAAAGACAAAAGACUAGCAGAGACGAUGCCUAUCAUGGAUCAGGAAAUCAAGGUCAUUAUCAUGCUAACAAAAAUCUUCCCAAGAUAAACGAGCAGAUUGUCAAGAAAAACGAGAAGAAUGGAAUAGUAUGUUCAUAUUGCAUGCAACCAGAAACUCUAGGGAAUCUAUGUCAAUAUUUCUGCCAAAGCUACUGCCAAAGAUUCUUCCAUGAGGCUUGCAAAGACUAACUCUUCCAACCAAAUGAUUCAAGAAGAAAUAGACAGUAGAACUCAGUAAUGUGGUAAUGCGAUGACUGCUUAGACAAUAGAGCUCUUUGCUUCUGCUGCAAAAAAAGAGGAUAGAUUCUACUUUUCCCUAAGAAGGGCAAGCCGAAAGCAGCUGGAUUCCCAGAUUUAGCUCAAUCUAGUUUGAAUAACUUCGAGAACGAGGACAAUAAUGAAGAUGAAAUGAACAAUAAUGACUAAAUUGAGGAUGAAAAGGAUUCAGAAGUAGACCAAAAUGAGGAAAUUGAAGACGAAAAUCAACAGGAGCAUCUCGAAGAGAUGAAAGAGGGUGGAGAAUAAUAGCCACCAGAAAACUUGAUUCCUAACUGUUAGGAAGACGAGCAGGAUUUAACUAACAAAGAUUGCUUAAUAAAGAAAGAGACUCCAUAGGAGGAAGAUCAGCAUUAGUUAGAUAAGGAAUAGUCAACUAAAAUAGUCCUGUCCAACAUCGGAACAUUUACUAAAAAAGAAGAACCAGGAUCGGACUCCAAGCAAUAGAAAUCGAAUAAUAAUGGCCUUCACAGCCCUGAGCCUGAACCUAAUGACAAGAGAUAUGUAGUGAGAUGCACACUUGGUCUUUGCUUCAAGUACUAUCAUGUUAAUUGUGUAUACAAGAAUAAAAACGUAUCUUGCAUUAAUUCGAUGAAGGUCUAAAGAUUUAGGUGCCCUCUCCACUACUGUGAAAUAUGCCAAGCAUCUGGAGACAGUGUCCUUAUAGUCUAAUGUGUAACAUGCCCAACUGCUUACCAUCUUAAAUGUUUACCUUAGGAUGAGAAAGCAAUUAGACUAACCAAAAAGUACAUUGUUUGUGGCAAGCACAAUAUGAGUCCUGAGAAAUUUCCCAAAUAUGAAGAGAAGUCAGGAGGCUAUGUAUCAUAAAGAGGCCUCUCUAGCACAGCUGGUGUGCCAGGCAAUUCAUAGAAAGGAGACAAAAAGAAGAAGAAGAGAACUAAAAAAAGAGGGAGAAAGCCUAAAAAUAACACAAACAUUGACGAUAAUGAAGAUGAUUCUCAAGGAGAAGAUGAUUAUAAUGACGAUGAGUUGUAAAAUGAACCUGUAUAUUCAAGCAAUAUAAAUUAGACGCCUCUAAUAAAGAAAGAAUCAACUCAAUAGAUCCACAGUCAUCUUAAUCAAUAGUCUUAAUCAUCUGGCUUAUUAGGAUCUAAGUUUGAUGACUUGGCAAGACAAGGAGUCCUCAACUAAACUGUGCAGAUUUAUCGCCAAAACUCAUCUUCGUCUUCUAUUAAAGGCGAGGCUUAGACAAAUAAAUCCAUGAAGCCAUUAUUUGCAGUAGAGAAAGGGCAGCAAAGAGGAAACAGUAUUAGCAUUAAAAAUCCAGGAUAUGGAAUGAUAGUUUAGCAAUAAAUGAAUCAAGAUUAAAUGAGUCAGCAUCAUUAAUAAUACGGAUACCAAAAUGACAAUGAAUGA